CACUAUGUCACAGCUAGCGAUAGUUUUCGCAUUGCACUUGGCGGAUUAGGCAAUCCUAUUAGGUUUAUGAUUCUUCGGUUAACCGUUUGCGGGGAUCGGUGUGUACCAGUCAAACCCAGUAACCUUGGAUCUGUGUGUCGCAAGUGAGGUUAGGAUUACGCAGAUAUGGAAAUUAAAGAGCAUUUUAAAGGCUUGCUGAAAAUGCUACCGUGGGACCGUUUCUCCACGGAUAUUGUGAAAAGCCUGUCUGAAAAUUGUUGUGACCGGUUAACCGGGAAAAUAGAAAAUUACGACUUUCGAGACACUGAAAACUUGAAGGGGUACGAAAUAGAGCUGCUUUACGCGGCGCUUUCGUACGUGUUUGCCGAAUUCGCCCGUCAUGAGCGAUCGUCGCAGGAUUUCAUUCAGUUUCUCACUCAAGAAUGCGAAAUUGACGAAGGAAAAUCAAAAGUAGCCACCGAAUGUUACGAAAGGUACUUUUCCCAGAUUAGGCUAGCGCUUUUGAACAUCGGCAACCAUUUGCCCCAUGUCACGGAUGUAAAGUGGAAGAUCGAUUACAUAAUAAAAUCAAAUACUUAUGAACACAGCAGCGGGCCAGUCUUCAGGAUUGGACUAAAAACGGAACAAUAUAAUGAGGAGACUGAACAUUCCGGCAGGAAAGUGCUGCAUUUUACUUGCACCAGCCAAGAAUUGCAAGACUUGGUGUAUAAAUUAAAAGAUGUAGUACGACAUUGCCAAAAACUGUCUACAGAACACUGAAAAAA